GGAAGGAGAAGCCGGUAACUUUCAAUAAAGCAAUGUCGUCCCUAUUUCGAGCUGUUGCUCAGACAAUCAGACAUGCGCACUCGCUAAAAGUACGGGAAAAUUAUGGCGUUUCAAUGAAAACAUCGGAGUCUUACCAAAAUGGGAAAACCAAAACAUCAAAGCCCAGCUGUGAAGAAAGCUAAAUGUAUUAAAAAGAAAUACCAAAGUGGAUCCCCUGGGAAAGCCCUGAGAUGUAGGCGAGCCAUUAUCGCAAUCGAAAAAAAAGGUAAAAACGAGUGAGCCAGUUCCUGGUCCUUCAGGCACAACUGAUGCUACUUUGUUGAAGACCAUUGUGUUGGAGAAAAGUGUUAUUAGGGAUACCAUGUCUACAAGAUCAAGCCACCUAUUACGGAUUCGCCUACUAAACUUAGGGUGGACUGUGAAUACACUAACAUUGUAGACAAAGAACAUUAGCAGGGUUUUUCAGAAGUGUUCUUGACGAGGAGGAAGUAUUUACGCCAUUACAACUGGUGAGCCGUGUCCAAGCUUUCCUCCCUGGCCAGCACUUAACGAGAAAGGAGGGGUGCUGUUAUUCCAUGCUCCUAUUUCAUCUCGUGUCCAUCAAGAACAUUUGAAAUGUCUCCCUGUUGCGCUCAGCAUUGGAAACAAUGCAAGAAGUAUACCCCAUUGGCAUUGGUUGGUGUUUCAUUUGUGGGUGGGUGUUGUCGGAUGAUAAGCCAUGCAUACUUGGCUUCCUAUAUAUCCAGAAAGUCUGCCGUGAACAAUGAUAUAACUUCCCCACUAUCAGCACAUCUUCACAACCUUGUCACAGAGGUUGCAGACAACUUUCUGGGCACACUUCUGACACCAAAGGAGUUUGCAGAUUUUCAUUUUUACUUGACAACACAACCCAACAUGUACAGCAGAGGCUCAACAAACACCCUCCCAAAUUGUCUAAUUGGGAUCCCAGAGCAUUUUCAAUAUUCUGAUGUUGCACAGAUAUUAGCAGAAAAUUCAAAUUUCACCACCGACGAUAUUAAUUCUGAUGACAGACUAUCUUCCUGCCUUGUGCUUAGUGAAAGUGCCAAAAAAUUUGCUUUAACGAGUGAAAUUCAUGCACUCAAUACAUACUACAUUAUGUUCAAGUUUGACUUUGUACCAUUACUUAGCCUGUACUGUUUUGUAUGGGAUAAACUGCAGAAAAAGGUCGAGAAAGGUCAUCCACUCAUACAGAUUGUUUUGUUUGUUGGAUUAAUGGUUGCAGUUGUUGCCCUUGGUUACAUAUUCGAAGAUCAGUAUGAAAAGUGGAGAAUUGUCCAGGGAGACACUAAAACAGCACUUAUUAAUGGAGAGUAUUUAGAUGGAGGUAGAGAGUAUCUUCAAAAGCAAAUAGAAAUGAAUAAAGUAUUAAGGUACCUGAACAAAAAUGGAGGACAAAUGAAAUAUACAGAAGAUGGCGAGACUGUGCAGAAUUUUUUUAACUUUGGUAUACCAUCUUUGCAUACAAGGUUGGAAAACUUAGAACGGUUAAGACAGGAAACGUGAUACGUUUGUGCUUGUGCUUUAUAAAUUUUAUUCAAAACUAUUAAAAGCUGUGUGUGAUAAUUUGAUGAGUUCGUGUCUUUUUCAGCAAGCAGUGUUUAGAAAAAAAUAUUGUGAUAAAAUAAUAAGAUGAUUCUUAUUACUAGGGUAUUCUUGAGGUCAGAGUGAUUAAUACUGAUGAGUUCUUGUAAGCUUAAUACAUGCUACAUGUAUUCAAAUGCAUAUUGCCUUUUGAGUGUUUCAUACCUUUGAAGAUCUUCCUUCCAUUAAUUGACUGGAGAGCUAUGUAGCUAGCAUAAAAAAUGUCAUCAUUAACCUAAAUUAUGACCUCAUAAAUCAAAAUACUGCCAUUGAACCAAAAAUGGAAAAGUCGACAUGAAAAGGGGCUACAUGUUUUUUGUUUCUAUCAUGACUUUGACCUUGAACUUAUGUGGCUGUAUAAGUAUCUUCCAUGGCCGAGAGUGUAAGAUAGGUUCAUCUCUACCUCAUUUCCGCAAAACACCCUGCGCGAGGAUCGGAAUGAACCUGUCUUACACGAGCGGCUAUGGUAGAUGCUUUUUCUCCCACCUCAGUUAAACAAAAUUAAGUAAAAAAAAUUUUUUUGAUGGAACUCUUUUGUGCAUAGUGAAAAUAAUGUGUAUGGAUAUUUGAUAAUUUGUGGUUGUCAUGGAUAUGCGCGCAUUGAUUCAGAUUAUGUUAAUAGUCAAAUCGGUCUUUAAAUACCCGGUAGUUCUGAUGAGAGUUGAGCAUUAUUUCUUGAAAGGUGCGUGAAAACUUUUUUAUGGUGACAUUUGAAGCGAGAAAUAGUUAAUUAGCAUUCUAAAUAUUGCCACAAGACAAGGUUUCUAUGAUGCUGCAGACGACCGUCUUCAACAAGGGAGUAACUUCAAUGUGGUGACCGUUAAAAAGGAGUUACAUACGGGCAUUUUAUCUUCGCCCGUGGGCAAGAUAAGAAUUUCUAGCAUGGUUAAAUUAUUGGAUCUACUUAUCUGAGGUGAGAGAAAAACUUGUCUUUAAGAGUGUAGAACAAAAUCCAAACAUGACUGCAACUGGGUAGAACAUGUAAAACAAUGAUGAAGACAAAUGAUUUUAUUUCACAGAGGAACAUGUACACCAAAACAAAGGAUAACCACAUC